AUAGUGUAUAUGUAAAUUGGUUUCUUUUCGGUCACCGUCACUGAUACUCGGUCACCGGCAUUUGGCUUUAUUCACAGAAACGGCGCAACCGUGUCUUCCUCACCGGUGGCGCCUCGUCUCGAAACGUCGCCUCCCUCUGAGUUAUCUCAGUUCGCACCUCGCAAGCGACGUUCCUGGAGGCUAGGUCUUGUUUCUGGCUGAUUUUAUUCAACCAUUCUUUGAAACCUGUGGUUGUGGAAGUUGUUCCCCCAAAAGCAUGACAAAUCUUCGUUGGGGACCUUGAGCGUACACAAGCUUGACCUUCACAGUGAUUCCAAAAUUUUGUUUCUUUUUCCUGAUGGUAACUCGUCAUUCAUUCUUAUGAGAAUAUUUCAUUCAGCUUACAUUUGAUUUGAUUGGGUGGGAUAACUAUAUUUGUAAUCUUAAACUCAAACUCAACAAGGGUUGGCAUGAUUCACACCAUUUGAAGAAGCACCCUCCAACCACCAAGCUCAGGAAAGGAGUUUUCAAACUGAAUUAUAAGUAGGCCGUGAAAGGGCCAUCACAUUGUAUGGCAUUGCAACUCUCUUUUCAAACUUAAGAUGCUUAAUGCUAUGGGCUUCUUUGUGUUGUGAGUCUGGUGUUUCAUUUGGUUGUGACACUACCCAUUCUUUAUAGGUGCUCAGGUAAAUUUUGGAAUUCAAAAGCAAGAUAUAAGGUUGUUUUGUGAUAAAGUGUUCCCUUCAAACCUAAAGUUAUUGUGUCCUGUUUGUCUCUCUUUCAUCUUCCAUAGCUACUUCUACCUUCUUCUGGAAUCUGCAAAAGGCUUCUCAAGUCAUCCUCUAUGAAGUUUACAUGUUUGAGCAAAGGUGGGGGGUUUCACUUCCCACCAUGUCAUAUGCUAAAUUUUUGUGGGAUUAGGAUCUUAUUAGAUUGCCCACUAGACCUUUCUGCUCUCAUGGCCUUCUCUCCUGUACCAACUGCUCUGGAUUGCUUGCCAGUUGAAGAAAGCUACAACACUGAGGCCAAUGCUUUUUUUGAUUCAAGGUUUGGGUCUGGGAAAAGGCAGAAAAUUGAAAAUCUCCUUGAUGCUAAAAGCUUACUUUUUGCUGAACCUUGGUACAAGACUGUUAAUAACUUGCACCUGUGGAAUGCCUCUUUCAUUGAUGUUGUAUUAAUAUCCAGUCCAAUGGGUAUUAUGGGGUUGCCCUUUCUUACUCGAACGAAGGGUUUCUCAGCUAAGAUAUAUGUAACUGAAGCAUCGGCAAGAAUAGGCCAGCUAAUGAUGGAGGAUCUUGUAUCAAUGCAUGCGGAAUUCAGGCAGUUUUAUGGACCAGGGGAAUCGAAUUUCCCUUCAUGGCUGAGGCAUGAAGAGCUUGAAGUCCUUCCUUCUGAAUUAAGAGAGUUAAUCUUGGGAAAAGAUGGAGUUGAGUUGGGUGGUUGGAUGCCUUUGUACAGUGCAGCUGAUGUGAAGGAUUUCAUGCUAAAGAUUCACACUGUUAAUUAUGCUGAGGAAGUUUGCUUCAAUGGUACAUUGGUUAUAAAGGCAUUCAGCUCUGGUAUAGAAAUAGGCAGUUGUAAUUGGAUCCUAAAUAGUCCAAAGGGAGAUAUUGCUUAUCUUUCAGGAUCCAGCUUCAUUUCUGCACAUGCAAUGCCUUUUGAUUACCACAGUUUACAGGGGACUUGUGUGUUAAUUUAUUCAGACUUCUUAUCCUUGGGUGAUACUCAAGAUGGUGAGAAUGGGGAUAAUUACUCUGUUUCAACUGCUGAUAAGUUACUACCUAUUAGUUCUCAAGAUUUGGCUGGAUUCAACCAUAACUCUGUUGAGUAUUCAGAAGAAAAGGAAAAGCUGGUUUUCAUAUGCUCACAUGCUAUGGAACAUAUCAAACAAGGCGGUUCAGUUCUUAUUCCUUUUGAUCGACUUGGAACUAUUUUGCUUCUUUUGGAGGAAAUGACAGCAUCACUUGAAGCUUCAGAUACAAAGGUUCCGGUUUAUAUAAUUUCUUCAGUGGCUGAAGAGUUACUAGCGUUGCUUAACAUCAUACCUGAGUGGCUUUGCAAACAGCGGCAAGAGAAACUAUUUGAUGGGGAACCAUUGUUUGCACACCUCAAGCUCCUAAAAGAGAGAAAAAUUCAUGUGGUUCCUGCUAUUCAUUCUCAUGAACUCUUAAUUAAUUGGCAGGAACCAUGCAUUGUAUUUUGUCCUCACCGGAAUUUGCGUAUGGGUCCUGUUGUUCAUUUGCUUCGACGAUGGUGUGGUGAUCCAAAAUCUUUACUUAUUCUUGAGGAUGUUUUGAAUCCACUAUCACUUUUACCUUACCAGCCUGUUGCAAUGAAGGUUCUUCAAUGUGUAUUUCCUGUUGGAAUAGGGUUGCAUGAAGUUCAACCUUUACUAAAGACAUUGCAGCCGAAGACUGUUCUGUGUCCGGAGGAGUUGAGACUGCAUAUCAACUUUUCAAGUGAAAAGAAGUCUUUCUCCGUUUUGUAUUAUACUGAAGCUGAAACUUUAAAAGUACCAUACCGAAAGGACAGUUCAGAGUUAAAAAUUGCAACUGAUUUGGCUUCCCACUUUUAUUGGAAAACAUUCAAAAAGGAAGAAAUCAAUAUAGCAAAAUUGAAGGGAGAGCUAUUAAUGGAAAAUGGUAGGCAUCACUUGCUAUUUGAUAAUGAUAACAAAAACUCCUUGAGUAAUAAUAGGUCUUUGGUACAUUGGGGUUUGCCUGAUUCAGAAAAACUUAUGGCCGCAUUAUCAAAGAUGGGCAUCAGUGGAAAUAUACAACAUGGUGUGAGUGAUGCUAAAUCACAAACUGUGUGUAUAGUUCACAUACAGGACCCUUACAAAGCCUCGAUAGAGAUUGGAACCACUAGUACAAUUAUUACUACUGCUGAUGAGAAUGUGGCUGCCUUCAUUUAUAAAAUUGUGGACAACAUUUUGGAUGGAGUUUGAUGUAAAUGUAAUGGAUUUUCUCGUAUUGUUUGUAAAAAUGCUUGUAUUGUAUGAGCAUAUUAUUUAUAGUUUCAGUUGUAAAAUUAAUGUUUGGAAA